AUGUGCUCCUUCCGCGGGGAGAAGAAGCAGAGAAGCAGCGGGGGAGCUCAUCAUGAGCCGCGGGAUCCACGCAGCAGAGAGGCGGGGAGAGUUUCACCGCAGGUCCAGCGGAGCCCACAGUUAGAGGGGAGGAGGAGGAGGUUGGAGAUGGACUCAGAGCCUGCCUGUGGACGGACACACACCGCAGACCAGGUACCAGGACUGAUGCAUGAUUUCAGCUUCUGUUUUCCUCCUGCAGACUUUUCCUACCUCUUCUUCUUCUUCUUAUCUUCCUUCUGUGUCUCUCCUCUACCUCCUCAAACAUACCUUCAAACAUGCACGCGCACACAUGCACACUCCAUGUUGAAGUGGCUGUUCUCUGACACCCCCCCGCACCCCCCGUAG